UAAACCUAUAACUCAUCAGUAGCUAGCCUAAUCUCCUCCUCUGCUUCCUCAAAUUUGUUCCACAGACAGACAACAGUACAUACAACCAGUCAAUAAAAUGGCCGGCUCGGCUGCAAAUAAGCGCCUCCUGUUCCUGCUCCUCGCCGCCGCCGUCGCUCUGACCUUCGCUGCGGCCUCGGCGCGCCGGCGCCCGGUGCGGCUGCGCCUGUACAUGCACGACAUCGUGGGCGGGCCGGGGCAGACGGCGGUGCUGCUUGUGAAGGGCGCUGGCCCGGAGAACCCGUCCAUGCACCCGGGCAACUACUUCGGCGACACGGUGGCGGUCGACGACCUCCUCACGGAGGGCCUCGCCGUCGACUCCAAGGCCGUAGGCCGGGCACAGGGCACCUACAUGGUGGGCUCCAUGCGCGACCCGGUGUUCGUGGUCAGCGUGACGUUGCUGCUCACCGCAGGGCCAUAUAACGGGAGCACGCUCAUCGUGGCCGGCCACGACGACACCUCCGAGGCGGUCAGGGAGCUCGCGGUGGUCGGCGGGACGGGAAGGCUACGCCGGGCCGCCGGGCACGUGCUGUGGAGCAUGGCCAAGGUGGAGUCGGUGCUGCACGCCGUGCUGGAGCUGGACGUGCACGCGUCCGUGCCGGUGCCGAGCGACGCUGCUCCUGCUCGUGGGGGUCAUGCGUUUGUCAGUUCCGAGUGAUUCCUAGCUACUUACUAGCUACUUGCUCAGUCGUAUCAUCGGUAAUGAAAUGUUGGCUGUCAACGCCUCUAUUCAUAUGAAAUGAAAUGAAAUGAACGGCGUUCAUUUGAAUUUA